AUGAUUAAUCCUAAAGGUCAUCCAAAAAUCAAGAAUGAUGGUACAUUAGAAACACCAUGGGAAACUUUAAUACGAGAAUUAUGUGAAGAACUUUCAAUUAAACUUAAAAGAAGCAAACGUGAAAAAAUAAUUAACAAAGAAAAUAUUAAUCAUUUUCUUUCUUUAAACAAGGAUAACUUUCUUCAAUGUCGUGUAGAUAGUAGACCGGAUACUAACGAUAGAUCACGACUUAUUGGUCUUUUAAUUGUUCCUGUUGAUGAAAAAAUAUGGAAAUUUACUUUAAAAGAUUACAAAGAAAAUAAGGCUUGUGAAUGGUUAAAUAUCGAUGACAUUAUUCGUAACAAACCCAUAUUUGGACAUGACAUAUACUGUACAUUGCGUCCAUUCGUUCAAUAUGUAAAAGAUCAUCCAGUGUCUUAA